GAUUCUAGAGUUUAAAAGUUUUACUUUGACUUUUUAAAGCUUUUCGAUCAAAUCAAGAAGAAACUUUUAAUAACUUAACAUACUAAUUUAGUCAAUUUAAUGAUAUAUUGUUAGUUUAGCCUAAUAAUUUUGUCUUGAUGACAUAUGGGAAUUUGUGGAAAAUGUCACCUCACUCAAAAUUUCCAAAUUGAUACGGAAAGCUAUUGAAAAAAUUACUUUAGUCUUAUAAAAGAAAUAAGGAAUUAAAGUGGAGAUUUUGUGUUUAAAAUAAAAAAUUGAAAAUUAAAUUAGAGAUAAGAAAGCAAAGUUAUAAUAACGGAAUCUUUUUGAAGAGAGAGUAUAUGAUAAAAUUGAUCUUAACAAUUUAAGUGAGGAAAAUAGUAAAUUAAUAUAUUUAAUUAUAAUGAAUUAAUACAAGUACGUUGAAGACUUGAAAGUAUAGUUUUGUAUAACGAAUUAUUUAUAAAGUGAUUUUCGGUGUAACGUGUAAAACUCUUGUUACUCAUCAAGUCACGAAUUGGAUCUUGCAUAUAAUCACUUAAUUCCUACGAUCUUCUAUCAUAAUUUGUUAGAAUAAAUUUAAAUUUUAGAUGUUUAUAUGCAAUUACGUUUAUGUUUAAGUUUCUAGUUUCUGUUUUUUUUUUUCUGUUGUUAUACAUUGUUGGUUUUUGUUUUCAAUUGUCGCAUAGUUUUUGUUUUUAUUUCUCUGUACCCAACCAGUAUAAUAUACUUGUUUUAAUUUCUUUGUACCUGACCGGUAUAAUAUACUUGGUCAAGAAUUAUAUUUUUCUAUUUAUAUUUCCAAUGUACUCGGUUACUGAGCCACGACUAUUGAAUGGUUUGUACAAGUAAAUGAAUAUAGAGGAAGUGAUUCAUAUCAUUUGUUGUGUCAUUUUUCUUUACAAAUUGGAAUCAGAGUUCUCUCUUGAGUGUCUAAAUGAGAAAAAAAGUGUUUGAGAAGAAAAGAGAGAAAGCGUGUGUUUGAGAAAGAGAGAGUGACAUGGCCAAUCUUGUAAAUGGUAUGUUUGUGCCACAAUUGAUGAAGAAAAUUAAUGAUGAUAAUUGGAGUCAGAUGAAGACUCUUUUUAGAUUCCUAAACCUGUGUGAUGUAGUAGAAAAUGAGUACCAAGAACCAACAGAGAAAGAAGAGCAAACAUUUGCAUAUAUUGUUGCAUUGAGAAAAAUCCGAUGAGAAAAAUGAGAGUAAAGGACAAAUCAAUUUUGUAUGUGUACAGAGCACAGAAGAUUAGAGAAGGAUAUAGAGGGGUUGACCAUGUUAAGAAAGUCUGACUUCAAACUCUCAAAUGCAAGUUUGAAAACUUGAGAAUGGAAGAGAGAGAAUGUGUACCCGAGUACCUAACUCGGUGGAGAUCGUGUCAAAUUGACUCCGCAAAAAUGGAGAAUCGUUGCUUAUCUACCGAAUUGUGGAGAAGAUUCCGAGGUCAUUGACAAAUGAAUUUAAGAAUAUCGUUUGCACCCUAGAGGAGUCUAAGGAUUUGUCAAUACUCUCUGUUGGAGAGCUUGUUGGGCCUAUGGAGGCACACGAGCAGUAUAGAAGGAAGAACUAUAAGCCACUUGAUUGAGUACUUCAAGCAAACCUGAAGGGAGGAGCUCAAAACACUCAAAGCUAACAUUGUAGUAGAAAAGGUCGAGGUGAUAUUGAAGGCAAUAGAGAGUAGAUCGGGUUAACUGGCGUGGCUGGUUACAUUGUAAAGGCUGAGAGAAAUGAUUUUGAUGCUGUUAAGGAGCUUAGAUGCUGAGCUAUUAAGCUAAAGAUCAAAUGUCGAGCUGCGUUUGGGUUAGGUCAUGACAAGGAAACCGGAUGCCGAGUUAUAUGAUGUCAAGGAGAUCAGAAGAUGAGUUAUGUUGAAUUGGAGAUCAAGUGCCAAGUAUAAGGACAAUUCAAUAACUUUUCCAAACAGUAAGGAAAGCUCAAGAACAUUGUCGAGUAGAAAGGAGAGAUCGACAAAUUUACUAAAUGGUAAGAAAAACUGGACAAAAAUGCCGAGUAGACAUGUGAACUCGGCAAGGCAGUUGAGUAUCAUGGAUAGGUUGGCCAGACAAUAGAGUAGCCUAGAGAGGUUUAAUGAAAGCUCAAAAGAACUUAUGGAAAGUUCACACAACCCGUGGCCGUGACAGUUUAGUGAAGAGCUCGAGCUCGGUGGAGAACUCGAUGAAAAGCAUGAUGUAGAUCUCAAUGGAGAGUAUUCUGAAGAACUUGGUGCAAAGCUUGAAAGAUCACAUAGAGAGCUCGACGAAGAGCUCGACAUAGAGCUCGGUAGAGAGAUCGGUUAAAGGCUCAGCGCAAAGCUCGAUGGAGGGUCUGAUGAGGAGCUUGGUGGAGCAUGUCGUCAACUUGGAAGAGCACAAUGUUAGCUCGUUGGAGGGCUCGGUGGUGAAUUCAUUUGAGAGCUCGGUAGAGCGCUAAGAAGACUGUAUAAAGGGCUUAGUGGAUAAGUUAGUAGAGACCGCGGUGAAGAGCUUGGACUAGUAACUAGAGAGCUUGGUUAGCCCAGUAGAGUAGGCGGAAAGCUCGGAUAUCUCUGUGUGGAGACCAAGUAGCUCGAUAGGACGUGAGACCGACUCGAUUAGCUUGGUGAUGCUUCUACAUAGCUCAGAGGAGAAUAUAGGGAGCUCGGUGGGGCAUGAGACAAGCUCGAUCAACUUAAUGGGAUGCUUGGAUAGCCUAGAAAGCUUGGCAAAAAGUGUGGAGAUCUUAGAUAGCCCAAAAAGAGACAUGCAGAGCUUAGUGAUGGAUGAGGUUAACUUUGUUGAUCAUGAGUUAAAGGUCAAGGAGGAAGUGGAGAGCCUUGUGCUGGAUGAGGUCAGCUUGAACGAUCAUGAGGUUACUUCGAAUAAGAAUGAGAUCAACUUAGUUAACUUAUUGGGCAAAGAAUUUAACAUGGUGAAGAAGGAGAAGUUCUAGAAGUUGAUAGCAAAGCUUGAUAAUUUACAAAGUGAUGACAUGACGAGUAGAGAAAAGAUCGAGGUGAUACAAGAGGUUGUGGAGAAGAAACUCAAAGAAAAAGAUGAGGAGAGUCAAUGUCUAGAAAAGCUCAAUUGGAUGCUUGAAGAAACAAUGAAGAAUCUCAGCAUGGAAAACCGGAUAUGGAGGUAAUUGACACCAAGAAAUUUAGAAGAGGAGUUUGCUAAUGUUAGCAAGGAGAACCGCCAUCAUGGUGAAGUCCCUGUUGACAAGCCGAAUUUCAAAAGCAAUAAACACGAUUGGGAAGUGAUGAAUGAGAACAAAGUGUGUAUUGGAGGAGGAAUGAUGUGCAACAAGUGUGGAGAUAGUUGCCUUAGGAAAGAUAAAGACGAAGAUGUAUAGAGGAAUCCAAUUAAUGAGAAGCUAGUCAUGAUUAAUAAGAAGAUGAUCAAGUUGAAGAACAAGUUGGCGAAAGUCAUUGGAAAGUCGACCAAAACAUUGGAGAAUUCGACCAAGAUGAAAAACAAAACAUCCACGAUAAAGGAAUAUGCCAGGUUUAAGAAAGUUGUACAUGUUGGACUAAAUUGAUGGAGUGUCUCUUGGGUUUCGCAUCUUCUCUUUCAAGAGAUUUAGUAUGUGGAGCAUUAAAUCAAUUACGUUAUCCUUGUUGCUUUAACAAUUUCGUCAAAAGGCUCGAACAAGAAGAGAGCGAUUUGAUUAUAACGAGGGAUAGUGUCCAAAAAUUUGUUGCGCAGAGCAAGAAACAAACGAAAAAACCUAGUGAAAUUGUGGACAAGUGGCUGGAAGAUGCUAACGAUGAUGUACACAAUGUGAAUCAGUUGCUGAAAGAGGCAAAAACAAAAAAUCAUUGUUGCUUUGGGCACUGCCCAAAUUGGAUUUGGCGAUACCAUAUUGGAAAAAAGUUAGCAAAUAAAACUAUGGACCUCGAAAAGUUCAUUGAAAGUGGUAAAAAAUACGUGCCAUUUGACCGGAUCACUACGCUUCCUUCAAACACCCUUGAUAUUCUUUUGGAAAAAUGCAUGAAUUUUGAGAGUAGACAAUCGGCAUAUGAGCAACUAUUGGAUGCAGUGAAAAAUAAAGAUGUUUCCAUGAUUGGGUUGUAUGGGAUGGGAGGUUGUGGUAAAACUACAUUAGCAAUGGAAACCAGGAAGUUCGUUGAAGCAGAACAUCUUUUUGACAAAGUUCUUUUUGUGCCUAUUUCUAGUACAGUGGAAGUUCGAAGUAUCCAAAAAAAAAUUGCAAGUUCAAUACAGUUUGAAUUUCCAGAAGCUGAAGAAAUGGAAAGAGCCCAAAGAUUAUGCUUGAGAUUAACUCAAGAGAAAAAUAUUUUUAUAAUACUAGAUGAUGUGUGGGAGAAGCUUGACUUUGGUCGUAUUGGGAUUCCUUCUUCUAAACCCGGCUGCAAGAUUCUCAUUACCACUAGAUCAGAUUCAGUUUGUUCUUUAAUGGAUUGUCAAAGAAAGAUUUACUUGCCAGUUUUAACGGAGGAAGAAGCAUGGACUCUUUUCCAAAAUAAAGCAUUUAUAUCAGAAGGCACCCCUGAUACCUUAAAGGGUCUGGGAAGAUUAAUUUCCAAUGAAUGUAAAGGAUUGCCGGUUGCCAUUGCAGCUGUUGCUUGUAGUUUAAAGAGAAAAGAAGAGCCGGAAUGGAGGGUUGCAUUGGAUAAAUUGAAGCAUUCUAAGCCAAUAAAUAUUGAAAGAGGUUUGACUGAUCCCUACAAGUGCUUGCAGUUGAGCUAUGAUAAUUUGGAUACUGAAGAAGCUAAAUCACUUUAACAAGAUGUGCAAUAGGAGUAGGUGUAGUUGGAGAAACUCUCUCAUAUGAAGAGGCAAGGAAUGAAGUGAUUGCAGCUAAAAUUAAGCUUGUUAGUUGUUGUUUGUUGUUGGAUGCAGAUUAUCAACGUGUCAAAAUGCAUGACUUAGUUCGUGAUGUGGCCCACAUAAUAGCAAAAAAUGAGAAUAAGAUGAUCAAGUGUGAAGAGCAAAAAGAUGUUAUAGUGGAAAAAAAUUCAAUCAGAUAUCUAUGGUGUGUGAAAUUUCCAAAGGAUUUGGAUUGCUCAAAUCUUGAGUUUUUAUUUUUACGGACAAAGAUGAAAGAACUUGAUGGGAUUUUCGAAAGAAUGGGAGUGCUCAAAGUUUUGAUUCUUGUCAAUGAUGAGGAUGGAAAAACUCCAUUGUCAACAGUAUCUUUCAAUACAUUAACAAAUCUUCGAGAUCUAUUAAUUUCCAAUUGGGAAUUGAGCGACUUCUCAUUUUUAGGCGGUAUGAAAAAUCUUCAAAGUCUCUCGUUAUUUAAUUGUUUACUGCCUUCAUUUCCUGAAUUAAAAACCAGUGUUGCAAUUACACCAACAACCUUAAAAUUGUUAGAGUUGAAUGAAUGCGACAUUAAAGUGAAGAAUUUUGAAGUGGUGAAGAGAAUCCCGCUUUUGGAAGAGUUGUACAUUAUAGAUAUUGAAGGACAAUGGUAUGCUAACAGUGAAGACAAUAUUGAAUUCUUUAAGACGUUUAGUGUACCCGAAACUCUACAAAGGUAUGGAAUUGUAUUAGGAUCUCGUUAUUUUGAUGGUGGUAAUUUUAAAGUAUUUUCCUCUCAUCAUAGAACUUUAUUACUCAACUAUUUUGACGUAUCAAAUGAGGUAAUGAAGGGUUUGGCAAAAAAUGCAAAGGAUCUAUUUGUAAGUAAUAUUCACGGAGGCGCAAAAAGUAUCAUCCCUGAUAUAUUUCAAAUUGAAGGAGGGUGUUUGAAUGAGUUGAAUACGUUGGAGAUACGUGAUUCUGAAGAGUUAGAAUGUUUGAUUAUUACUAGUAGUCACUCGAGUGAGGUGGCAACUCUUUUGUCCAACUUGCAUACGUUGAAAAUCGACUGCAUGGAAAAUCUAAAAGCUAUAUGGCAUUGUUUUCUACCUGUCAAUGGGCCUUUUAAGAACUUAGAGAAGCUGGAUUUGAGUGUUUGUCCACGGCUGACUUCUCUCUUCACGUAUGUUGUUGCUCGAAGUUUGGUACAAUUGAAAAUAUUAAAAAUAUCAAGAUGUGAUGAACUGAAGCACAUAGUAGCAGAUGAUGACAAAACGGGAAAAGGUCAGGAUGAAUUCACCACAGGGCAUCCUGUACAAGUCUUCCAAAAUCUUCAGGAAGUAGAGGUAUAUAGCUGUCCAGAAUUAAAACAUAUAUUCCCAGCCAACAUUGUUGGAGGCUUAACUCAAUUGAAAGUUCUCGAGAUAAAAGAAUGUGACAUGUUAGAUCAAAUAAUUUCAGAUAUUGUUCCCUUAACAGACCAGGAUAGAAAAGAAGAACUUGAUGAAAUACUUGAGGAAGGAACUUUAUCCAACCUUGCAAGCCUUAAGAUAACAUGUUGCGGGAAUUUAGACUCAAUUUUUACAGCAUCUAUUGCUAAGACCUUGACUUCUUUGGAAGAAUUGUACAUACAUGGGUGCAAAAGUUUGAAAGAUAUAGUAACUCACAAAAGGGUCAAUAAAAAUCAGGAGGAAAUCAUUGUUGAGGAUGAGCAUGAUUGUCAGAGUGAUAUUUCAAUCUUCCAAAGUUUGAAAAAGCUACAUAUCAGUGAAUGUGACUUAUUGGAGGGUAUAUUCCCCGUUUCUUUUGUUGGAGAAUUGAAUGAUAUAACAAAUAAAGAGGAUGCUGAUUUGAAAGACUUCUCUAGUCGAAAUAAUACUCAAAUUGAGCUUCCUGCUUUACAAGUACUUGAACUUGAUCAUAUUAGGGAUAGAAUAAUUGUUGGUAGUUAUAAUGUGAUAUGUCCGUCUUUAAGAACACUAUCAUUGGAUAUUGGGAGAUAUGUUGGGUUUUUCAACAUAAAUUGUUCAACAGAUGCUUCAGAAGCUACAAAAAGAGAUUUUAUUGCAAUCAAGAUAUCGAACUUGGAUUUUGUUUCCCCGGUUGAAAGUGUUGAAGAAUGUCUUUCAAAACAACCACAUGGUUUGAACUUGAUUAUGAUACACAAUAUUAGAGAGAUUGAACUGAAAGGCUUUGAUAAGGCAAGGUACCUUUUUAAACUGUCCAUUGCAUCAUCAUUGAUGUUGGAAAUUUUGAGAAUUACGGAAUGUGAUGGACUUGAGUACAUUAUAGACACUGAUGAUGAAUAUGGCAAAGAGAAUAUGAAGGCUAUCUUUCCUAACUUAAAAGAGCUAUAUGUGUAUAAAUGUUUCCGGUUGAAAUAUAUGUUUGGCCAAUAUCACGAAGCUAAUAAGGAUUAUAAGGAGAUUCAUGUUCAAUUCUCAGCAUUGGAAAUACUCUCUCUUCAUGAUCUACCAAACUUUGUUAGCAUUUGUUCUACCAACACUCUCACUGUGACGUGGCCAUCUUUGAAGAACUUUCAUUGUUACAGUUGUUUCUAUCCCUUUUAUGGUUCUAUUAAUUGUUUGACGAUUAUCACAAGUACGAAGGAUCCAAAAGGGAUUCUAAACCAUUUCCUCACUUUGCAAACUCUAGGCAUAUGGAGUUCUGGACUAGAAUGUAUUUUUUUCCUUAAUGGACAUGAAAUGACUGAGCAACAAGUGAGUUUAAGGUUAAGGUAUUUGUCGUUGGAAUAUCUACCUCAAAUGACUUAUAUUUGGGUGGGUCCCAAGAAUUCAUUUACUCUCCAACAUCUUACCACAUUAAAAAUAAGGGGAUGUGGAAAGUUGGAAGUAAUCUUUCCUUCCUGUGUUUUAAGAAGCUUACCAGAGUUGAAGAGCCUAACCAUAUCAGAAUGCAUGGAACUGAAGCAGAUUGUAGGGUGUGAAAAAGAAGAAUCAAAGAAUUCUUUUACCUUUCCAAAUCUUAAAAGAUUAGAAAUAUUUGGAUGUCCAAAAUUAGAAGUAAUAUUUUCGAAGUAUGUUUUAAGAUGCUUACCAGAGUUGAAUCUUCUGCAGAUCAGAAAAUGCGAAAAAUUAAAACAAAUAAUUGAAGAGGAUAAAAAAUUGUCUAAUCAUAUUUCUCCUCAACCAUGCUUUCCAAAACUAGAAGCGCUGUAUGUUGGACAUUGCCACAAGAUGAAAAGAUUAUUCUCUGGAUCUGCAUCUAAUGACCUUCCCAAUCUUCAUCUUUUGAUCAUAAAUGGAGCCUUUGAACUAGAAGAUCUUGUUGGAUGUGAACAAGGAAAUUGUGACGAGAUAGGAAAUACUAAAGCUGAGCUUCCAAAAAUCAAACUUCUAAUAUUUAUGCAUCUUUCAAACUUCCACCUAGAUACUCAUUUGUCGAAUUUAAAGAAUUGUGUUGUCUACAAUUGUCCAAAACUCUCUUUCACUUCAACAACUACUCUUGGGAAGCUUAUUGAAAAUUUUCCUUAUGAAGAAGAUUUUAAAAACACUGUAGUUGAAAGAUGGGAGUUUGAGGGCAUCAUAAGAUUAUUGAAUGAAGAUUCGACUAUGAGCGGUAGCAGUGAGUUCCGUUCAUCACAGGAGACUGGGGAUAUAGGAAAUGAGAGUAUUAAAGCUGCAGCAGAGGGAGCUAAGACAAAAUCUUUGCCAAAUGGUGUUGAAGACAUUAGCAUUGAAGGUGGUGUUGCAACUCACAUUGAGUCUAGUGGCAUGGACAUACCUGCACUAGAUUCAAAUCUUGUUGAACAAGAUGAUAAGAUGAAUGAAGGAAAGCCAGGAAUAGUGUUAAGUAAAGGAAUCCAAAUAGAAGAAGGGUUGAAUCUGUUGGAUAAACAAGAGGGAAUAGAUAUUGUUUCGAACAACAACAGUGAUAUUUCUCCAGCUUCUGCAGAUAUCCGUAUAAGAUUGGGAGAAUAUAAACAUUUUGUUGAACUGGAUGAGGGACAAAUUUCUCUUCUGGUGGAGGCAAUAGCAACAUAUCCUCAUCUUUGGAAUGCUUGUGAGAGGUUUAGUGAGCGCUUUCAAGCUUGGAGGUUGAAAAUUUUGGCAGAUAUGUUGUUGCUCCUUCAGAAGGAAAGUGGGGAUAAUAUCAUUCCUCAAAGAGAAAAAGAGUUCCAUAAACUAUGUGAAGAAGCUAUUGAAGUUGGAUUUGAGAGUUCAUGGGUAGAAGAAAUGCGUCAACGUGUUGUGGCGAGGGAUCAUAAGCUGGGAGAGGACAUUGCUAAGAGACAAAUAGAUGAAAAUUCUAAGAGGUCCCAGGCUGUUGAACAAGGUGAUGGGCCUAAUAAAGACUGGGAAGGAACUUCUACGUGGAAGAUCCAAAAUGUUAACAGUAGCUUGGAAGAAGGUUCUAACUUGGUUGAUAAAGAAGGUGAAAUAGGUGUUGUUUCUAAAGACCGCAUUGUGGAUCCGAGAAAUAAAGAAGCAGAGGAGGAAUUUGCAUUGGUGAACUCGCAACAGACUCGUGAACCGUGUAUGAUGAACCAGAAAAAACCACUUGGUGAAAUUUCUCAGAGUCUUGAGCAAGUUGCUGUAAAGGAAACCAUAGCAAAGAACACCAAUAUGGCAGCUUCAUCAAUUCUUUCUGAAUCCGCCAGCUCUCAGUUGGACCCAAAAGUUACUUUCCAAAGUAAAUCCAUUCCACAUAGUGAAAUUAAGAGCAGCCAAAUUGAGGCGCAUAUUGCUAAAGAAAGUGAAGGCCAUCAUAAACUCAUUGAAGACUCUGGGGGCAAUGAUAUGAUACCAAUUGCUUUGGGGAAAGAGGGUGAAGAUAAUCUAGUUCUAAAGACCCUUGUUGAGUUGGAAAAGUAUCUGAAGAUGUCUCUCAAGGACAUAGUUAGUUCUGAGACUAACACUCUCCGUCUUUUUUCUACUCUUAAUUUCCUGUCCAACCUUCCUUUCAAAGAUGUGACUCUAUCAGAUGGACUCAAACAUAUUAUAGAGACUAUGCACCAACACUUCCCAACCAUUCUAUGCUCCUUUAAGCAACGCUUUGCUACCAUUGACAAGUUGGCAGAACUUGAAGCUCAUCAGAAUGAGGUGGUCAUUAAAACUUCUAAGGCAGAGAAUUUUAAUAAUGAAGCUCGACUGAAGGAAGUGGUUUUGAAGGAACAAAUCAUUAGGUUGAAGGAAGAAAUAAAAGUUUGUGAGGCUGCCUUAUCAUCUCUAGAUGAGGGAAAAAAUAAAUGCAUUGUGGAAACUAUAAGGUACGAAAAAGAGCUUGAAAAUGUGAGAAAAAACAAAUCUCAAAUGGUGGAAGAUCAAAGAAAAGUCGAGCAAGAAUUGUUUGAAGUGACUUAUAAAUGGUCAAUUUUGUGUAGUGAAUAUGAGCUCAAUCGGAUGGCUGUAAGAAGUCCCUCGUGAGGGUUUUCAUUGUUCAUUGUUUUUAAGACUUCCAACUAUACUAUAAUGUUGAGACUUCCAACUUUUACGCGUAGCUUGGUGUCCUAAAGAAAUUUAACGUACGUUUGUUACCUUGUUUGUUGUGUAAGAGGCUUCUCUUGGUGAGACGAAGACAAAACAUGUGUUAUGAAAAACCAAAAGUACUAUUUGUUCUAUUAUGUAACUUAUAGUGAUCAAGUGUGUCUCAUUGUUUCUUUUUG